AUGACUCACAAAUCCAAAACAAACUCUUCGCUGUUCCAAACGUUCAUGAGUGCCGAAUCAAAUCAACGUACAAGCGUCCGUAUGCCGCAGCAAUUGAGUAGCGGGUUUGUUAUCGAAAUACUGUGCGCACUUUUCAAAGUGUAUCAAUUUAAAAACGUCAUUAUUUAUGUAAGUGAAAGAUUAAAUCUGAACACUGAGUGGUCUAUGGAAUUCUUUGCUGAAUUUUUCGCGGCUUUUCCAUUGAUACCAAAUAUAAUUAUGGCCUGCAGUAAUGAAACUAAUACAAUCGCUUCCAUCAUGAAUGUUCUGAUCAGUCCUUCACUCAGUUUGGUAUUCACGACCGGACCAGAUGAUGCGGUAAUGGCACUGACAGCUGAAAGCAUGAAACGCAUACGCAAAUUGAAAACUAUUUUUAUACUACUUCCCACCUUGGACUCGGAUGCCAUUUAUGAGUCCACUGACAGUUACAUGCACUUUUGGCAGAUAAUAAAUAAUACAUAUACCUGGGUUUGGCAUAAGCAGUUUCUCAACACCAUUUUGUUAACCAUACGCGAUCAUGUCUAUAUACUCGAUCCAUAUCCGACUUUGGAAAUUAUUAACAAAACUGACAAUUGGCAUACGGAAGACUUCUUUGUCAAUUACUACCACAACUUCAAAGGUUAUGUAUUGGAUACUAUGAUUCGUUACGAUCUACCGCGUAUAUUCGAUCGCCGCUAUGAGCAGGAUAAACUGACAUUCAGUGGCACCUCCGCUAAACUAUUCACAUCCUUUGUGAAAUCCAUUAAUGCCACUUUAAUUGAUUCCACGGUGCCAAGCUCACCGCAUGAACCAGCUGGGAUGAGUCAAAUGAUUGAACUCAUCGCAAAUAGAACCACCGAAUUAAGUCCUCACUCUUUUACAGCACUUUUCGCUGUUGCCCAUGUGGGCAUGAGCUAUCCAAUUGGUAUCAAUGACUGGUGCAUUAUGGUGCCCUUUUACAAUCGCUCGCCAGAACAUCUUUACUUACUACGCAGUUUUCAAUAUUCCACCUGGUUGUUGUUGCUCUUCGCCGUCAUCUAUAUAUCCAUCACGCUGUGGUUGUGCGCGCCCGAGCGUCCUAGGGAAUACAGCAAGGCGCUAUUACAGUCGAUUUGUUCAAUGCUCUACAUCGCUCCUGCAUCAGCGUUCAACACACGCAACCCGCGUAUGUGUUUUCUUUUCUGCUGCCUCUACGUCAUCGGUUUUCUCACCUCCAAUUGGUAUAGCACAAAGAUCGCUAGCUACCUCAUGACUUCAUUACCUUCACCACAGCUCGAUACGGUAGACGAUGUGAUUCGUGCUGAUUUACGAAUAAAAGUUUUUGACUACGAAUACGUACGCCUCGAGCACAUGCCGGCGCAAUAUCCACCGCGAUUUCUACAACAACUCGACAUCGUUGAUAAGUACUUUAUGGAUCAUCAUCGCGAUAAGCUGAAUACCAGUUUUGGUUAUAGCAUACAAUCUGAUCGCUGGGAGUUUCUCAAACUGCAACAGCAAUUUCUGCGAUAUCCACUCUUUCGGCGUUCGAGCAUUUGUAUUGGUCCGUUUCAUCAUGUCUUUCCUUUGUAUAUCGAUUCACAUCUGAGCACACCUCUAAAACAUUUCAUCAUGCGUGCUACGCAAUCGGGUUUUCUAAACUAUUGGCAAAAAUCGGCCUUCGCUGAUGCGGUUCGUUUGAAAUUGGCUAAAAUCAUAUUGGUACAUGAGGAUCCGAUCCCAUUGACUUUGGGGUUUCUUCUGCCAAUUUGGUAUGUGUGGGGUUUGGGACUCACAAUCGCGGUAAUGAUUUUCAUCUGUGAAUUGUACAUGGCUAGAAGCCGGAGAUGA